CUUCUCUUCUCCCUACAAGCUUGGACGAUUAAUUUAACAUUACAAUACCAAUGCUCAAACGUUGUGUAUUCUAAACAUUUAACCUUUUCCCCAACAUCUUGUUUUUUUCUAACGUUUAAGCAUACAUUAGCGUUGGUAUUCAUAAUGGCAUCUACCCGUUCACCAUCACCUGCCAAUGGCGAAUCCACAUCUACACCUACAUCGCCUCAAUUGUCGCCUCGAUCUAAGAUUCAAGCUUUACUUGCCACAGUAAAUAAUGCAGAUUCGGAUGACGAGUCUGGUGGUCCAAUUAAUGCAGCGAUUCUCUCUAAACCCGCAAAGAUCACAGAUACUGAACUAGACUCUACACGGGAUGCAGAGAACGACGAUGAUGACGAGGAGGAAGAGAUCGUUAGGCCGCGAGGUCGACUCGCCGCCCGAAUGAGAGCCAACGAUUCAAAUACAAUAAAGGAUACUCCAAUUUAUAUCCGGAAUAACGCGACCAAGAGCCCUUCCACACAAGCACAACCUACCGCGCCGGACACAGAUGAUGAGGAGAUAAGCGCUCUCCCACGGAGGCGGUUGACGAGACCAAAUCGAGCAUCUACACCAGAAACCACAGCAAAUAUCGAAGCACCUUUAUCACCUGGUCUCUUCGUCACGCCAGCUCCUGAGACCCCAACAGCACACCGACAACAAGCGGCCGAAUCCGGAUCGGAUGAUGACUUACCUAAGAACCUAGCAAAGAAUGAGCGCUUCCUCGCACUAGUGAACAGGAAGCGAAAGGAGAGGCUUGCUAAAGAAGCCGAGGAGGAGCAGAAGCGAAAAGAGCGUGAAGAACGAAUGGCCAAUCAGCAACCCGCCGAAUCGGAUAUUGAUGACGAUGUAUCUGAUAUCUCGGAUGAUGAUGGCGGCCGCAGGCUUACGCAGGGGGGCUCUCGCCCUGCUCGUAAGGCUAGUAAGAAAGCUCUGGAAGAGAUGAACCGCGAAACACAACGGAUAAGUCGAAGUUUACAACUCGCCCACGAAGCCAAGACAAAGAAAAAGAUCUCGAAAGCUUCGCUAUUCGAGCGCUUUAAUUUCAGGACGGAAGCAGCACCUAGUAACGAAAAACCUCCAAGCUCAAGCAGGCCUACAACUCCCGGUUCAGUACAGAAUACGGAUGUUGACAUGGCGGAUGCUGGAGCAACUCCGCCCAGUUCCCCGCCUGUUGCCCCGAAGUCCUUUGAGAACCCCCUAGUUCCCUCCGCAGCUCCAGAUACUAUCGUCGAAGUAGAUGAAGAUGACGAGCUGCCGAGCCUAGAAGACGCCUUGGCACAAAGCAACAAAGAUAACAAGGGCAAAGGCAAAGCUAUUGAAGCCCCAGCUGACAACACUGAGAUCAAGAAGACGGCCAUAAGCAAACCUAGGCGCCAAGUCCGAGUUAAGCUACCCCAAAUACAGGCAAAUCUUGUUACAAUAGAUUCAGAUGAGGAACUUGAGAUCACCCAAUCAAAGAAGGGAAUAAUGGAUAAGAUAUUUGACAAACUUCCCGAGAAGAAAGCGCAGGAGCCGAUGUCAAUGAACGUAUUGCGUCGGCUAGCCCAUCUUUCGUCACCUACAAGAAAUUCUUCGCGAGGCCCUAAGGGCAAACCAUCAAUGACACCCGCCGAGCUCCAGAUGACUUUGCAGCAGCGCGCCAGAGCGCAAGCUAAACUAGAACGCGAGCGACGUCUCGAGCUCUUGCGAUCCAAGGGUAUAACUGUACAAACCGAAGAGGAGCGCCGACGCGAAAGGGAACAGGUUGAGGAUAUUGUUGCUCGAGCUCGUCAGGAAGCCGAAGAAAUCAUGCAGCGAGAACGUGAAGAUGCGAAGAAAGCACGGAAAGAGCAGAAAAAAAGCGGUGAAAAUGACCCUCUAGCUUGGGGCGAUAGUGACGACGAUAGCUACGAGGAGAGUGUGGAAGAUCCCGCCGAAAUUGAACUUUCUGGCUCUGAAGAGGGGGGAGAUGAUGAGAUGGGCGAUGCUGAGGACGAAGACGAAGAUGAGCCUGCAGCAAAUCCCUUAUUUGAGGAUGAAGCAGAGGACGACGGAGAGUCCGAGGAGGAACGGACACCAAAAGCUAAGACGAAACUAGGCUCCGAUGACGAGGCAGAUGAUGAGCUUCCAGCAAUGAAGUCCCGCCGGUCGAAGAAGCACGUGCAUAUUGUCUCAGAUGAUGACGAUGAAGAUGAGAACGAUAUUGAAGCGACUCCGAAACCCAAGAACAGGCAACCCAAUUCUCCAUCCGCUCCCAAUUCAGGCUCUCCUAAGAUUCCGACAUCCGUUUUACGAUCCGCUACUAAGACCUUCAUUCCCGGGCUCCCGGUCCCUAAGGCGGGUCCAGCUGGUCUAGGACUUACUCAGAUAUUCGCUGGUACCAUGGACGACAGCCAAGCUGGAGCAGCUAGUGGCUCCCCAAUGGAGUUCAUGCCUACCAUUGAUGACUUCCCUGAUUCCCAAUUCUCCGCCACAGCAGGCCAGUCCCAAAAUAAUAUGAUCCUUGACAGCCAGAACGAGGAUACUCAAGCUCAUGAAACGGAAACCCAAGGGGUUCAAUUACACUUCACACAAUCACAGGUUCACGGGUUUGAUAGCUUGAUGCAAAUGGACGCAACGCAAAUGUCGGAACUUAUCGAUCCUACCCAGGAUGGCGGCUUCCAAGACUACUCUCCAUUAAAACAAAGAUUUGUUGAAGCGCCUCAAUCAACAGUCGACACCGUCUUAAUGAACGGAACCCCUGACUACGAAGCCGUUCCGGACUCCCCUCUUGUGAAGAGGGCAGGCAAGUUACGGCGAAGAGGCGAGAAGCCCGUCUCCUUUUCUACUAUGACUUCAACAGACUUACCGGGAAGCCCUAGUGCUAAGCCAAGUGCUCCCCAAACAGAUGCUGAAGUAGAUGCGAAGGCCGCGGCUAGCGCAUUUAAGUUGAUGGAAAAGGCGGCUAGAAGGAAGAAGCGUAUGCAAGAAAAGUUCGAUAAGAAAAAGAGCAAGGCUACCGAGAUGGUGGAAGAGCAGGCCGAGGAAUCCGAAGACGAAUAUGCCGGCCUUGGUGGAGCUGACGGCGAAGACUCGAGCGAUGAGGAUGAGGAGCUCGUCAAAGAGAUGAUUGACGAUGCCACCGGCAAUGACGGUGAUGAUGCCAAAUUGGCUGGUUUCUUUGCCGACCGAGAACGAGCGGCCGACGCAGCGCAAGUCGAUAAACUGUUCCGAGACAUCACAACGGGUAUGCUGCGUAAGCGACGCCGUGGUGGUGGUGACAAUGAUUUCGACCUGUCGGACUCAGAUGACGGAGGGGAAGCCCGACGACGAAUGAAGAGGCGCCAAUUCGCAAAGAUGCAAAAAGCGCUAUUUGCGGACGAACGUAUCGGCAAGAUCGCCGAAAACCCUCGGAAUGCAGCAUUCCUAAAGAGUAUAGAAGACCGGAAUAGCGAUGACGAGUGGGAUUUCGACAACAAUUUUGCAGAUGCAGCGCCGGAUAGCGGAGAUAGUGAAAGUCAAAGUCAAAACCAGGGACAAAAUACAUCAGCAGCAGAGGAAUCAAUUCCAGACAGCCAACCCGAAAACAGAGAGCGCAAACGUUCUCAUGAAGAAGAUCACGUCGCCAGACCGCCCCCCAAUGCCCGACGUACAAAAGGAGGUGCUCGCCCCUCGUCACUUACCGAUGUGCGUCGAGAACUAUCCAACUUGCUAGAUGAGCCUAACGGUUCUGCCGCGUCUAUCAUACCGGCUACCGACGUAGGCUCUGACAGCGAAGGAGAGGAACAUCCGACCGCUUCAUCGGCAUCGGCCAACAAGGAGAACCGCCGACCCGAUGUUGCCGUCGUAGAUCGCAUAAAGCUGAAGCGUGAUUCAUCCUCUGUAUCCGCGAAUGGCAGCGGGGCGGGACGUCUUGCGUUCGCUGCACCGGCGUCCACAGGGGGGUCAUUCAGAGUACCCGCACUACUACGACGAGCGACGACAAAUUCGCUUAUGUCGAACUCCUCGUCGACUAGUACUUCUAGUGGACCUGGUGCUUCUGCCACCAGCAGUCUAGGUACGACCAAGCCCAGCGCAGGUCUCGGAGAAGGUGGCGCGGUGCUCAAGAAAACUGCAGGCAAACGUUCAGGUAUUAAUUACUUUGCGCGCGAGACGGAACGCCGUGCUGCGGUGGCAGAUGCGGAGAAGAGGCGUGAAGCGAAGAAAUGGAAGGGUGCUGAGGGUAGGAGUAAAGCCGUUGGGGGCUUGUUUGGUGGAGGAAAGUUUGAGUGAUCUUUAUGUAUAGGUUUUUGUAUUAAGGGAUAAGGCACUUUGUUCGGUGUUGGUAGGCGUUAUCGUUCUGCUGGGGACUGGAUGAAACCAUUAUGAUUUAAAUCUACCUUGAUCAAUCGUGAUAGUAUUCCGUGUUAAUUACAAUUAUACCUAAAACUUCCGAGGUGUCAAACUUCUACUCAAACAUCGAUACGUAGG